CUCCCUUCUCUGGCGCUGCGUUGUUUUUGCCCGGAAGCCUUUGAGCUUCCGGGGUUUUGAUGCCUGAGCAGCCGGGAUUCCUGGCCGUUUAAGCAUGUUGGAGCCGCCCUAUGCUCUCUCCUCCGAUGACCCUUCCAAAUCUGGCGACCCUCGGCUCUAUCUUGCAAAUCUUGUUAGGUGCUCACUGUUUUUUGGUUGGCUUGCAGAUUCAGCGGUGGUCCCCUCCAUCCGGCAGCUUCUAUCGGUGGCGGUGAAUGCAGGGGAUCCCAGAUCUGGCAACCUCAUGACCCACCUGCUGCCUCCAGGGAUUGGCCUCCGCCUGAUCGGGUCUCCGCAUCGGCAUCCUGGAGCCUGGCGCACCUUCCACAUGGGUAGAUUGAAGGGUGUCCCGUUUGGAUAGCUCAACCGAAAGCCACUGUAUAACUGGGGCCUUAGUGAUUGUUCGAGUGUCAUGUGCACCUCCCUUCGACCUCUGGAUAUGGGUCUACUCUAGUUUCUUGCUCUUGAUGUAAUUUUACUGUUUAUUAUUCCUAUAGAUGCUGUAUGGCGGUGUUUGUAAUGAACCAAUUUCGUCUUG